AUGGCAUCUCUCCGAACUCAGUCUGCAGCCAAGCUGCUGCGGACGACGACCGUCUCACGAUCGACCGUUACUUCCUUCACCCAGCGACGCUUCAAGGCCGACGAUGCCUCUAAAGCCCUCACGGAGAGUGGCCCCGUAGCUACUGCUACCAAGACUCCCGCCGAGAGAGCUCCCAACUCCCCGGAUUGGAGCGCACACAUUGACAAGGCCACCUCCACAUACACUCCGGUCCCCAAGCGUGUCUUGGAUGGAAGCGAGGACAGUGAGGUCCUCCCAGCCGCAGUCCUGUCUGGCGCCCCCGUCGAACUGCAAGCACGAACUGUUCGCAUCUACCAGCCCGCCAAGCCUGCCACCCAGUCCGGUAACUGGGGCUCGCACCACUGGCGCAUGGAUUGGGAUGUCCUUUCCAAGGGACACCGAUGGGAGAACCCUCUGAUGGGCUGGCAGUCGUCGGGUGAUUUCAUGCAGGGAACGCACCUGAACUUCAAGUCCAAGGAGGACGCCAUCACCUUUGCCGAGAAGCAGGGCUACGAGUACUUCGUCCAGGAGCCCAACAAGAGAUCAUUCACACCCAAGGCCUACGCCAACAACUUCUUGUACUCGCCUGGCAAGCUCAAGCUCGUCAGAGCGAAAUAG